UAGACACGUGCAGCUUUCUGUGCCUGCGGAGCUCAGAUCCACUGGUUGGGGACCUCUCUCCAAGUCACCAUGCCACCCCCGGCAGACAUUGUCAAGGUGGCCAUCGAGUGGCCGGGCGCCUACCCCAAACUUAUGGAGAUCGACCAGAAAAAGCCACUGACAGCAAUAAUAAAGGAAGUCUGUGAUGGGUGGUCGCUUGCCAAUCAUGAAUAUUUUGCGCUGCAGCAUGCUGACAGUUCAAACUUCUAUAUCACAGAAAAGAAUCGCAAUGAAAUAAAGAACGGCACUAUCCUUCGACUCACCACAUCACCGGCACAAAAUGCCCAGCAGCUCCACGAGAGGAUCCAGUCGUCGAGCAUGGACGCCAAGCUGGAGGCCCUGAAAGACUUGGCCAGCCUCUCGCGGGACAUCACGUUUGCCCAGGAGUUCAUAAACCUGGACGGAAUCUCCCUGCUCACACAGAUGGUGGAAAGCGGCACCGAACGGUACCAGAAAUUGCAGAAGAUCAUGAAACCCUGCUUUGGAGACAUGCUGUCCUUCACCCUGACGGCCUUCGUUGAGUUGAUGGAUCAUGGUAUCGUGUCCUGGGAUACAUUUUCAGUGGCAUUCAUUAAGAAGAUUGCAAGUUUUGUGAACAAGUCAGCUAUAGACACCUCCAUCCUGCAGCGGUCCUUGGCCAUUUUGGAGUCGAUGGUGCUCAACAGCCAUGACCUCUACCAGAAGGUGGCACAGGAGAUCACCAUUGGCCAACUCAUCCCACACCUUCAGGGAACAGACCAGGAAAUCCAGACCUAUACCAUUGCGGUGAUCAACGCUCUGUUCCUCAAGGCCCCAGAUGAGAAAAGGCAGAUCGGUGCAGAGAGCAGUGUGGACAUCCUUGAGUGUCCUCUGACUGAGAUGGCGAAUAUUUUGGCUCAGAAACAGCUUCGUUCCAUCAUCUUAACACAUGUCAUCCGGGCUCAGAGGGCCAUCAACAAUGAAAUGGCGCACCAGCUGUACGUGUUGCAGGUCCUCACCUUCAACUUACUGGAGGACAGGAUGAUGACCAAGAUGGACCCACAGGACCAGGCUCAGAGGGACAUCAUCUUUGAACUUCGAAGAAUUGCUUUUGAUGCAGAGUCUGAACCCAAUAAUAGCAGUGGCAGCAUGGAGAAGCGCAAGUCCAUGUACACGCGGGACUAUAAGAAACUUGGCUUUAUUAAUCAUGUCAAUCCUGCCAUGGACUUUACUCAGACGCCCCCUGGGAUGUUAGCCCUGGACAACAUGCUGUAUUUUGCCAAGCACCAUCAAGAUGCCUACACUCGGAUUGUGCUGGAGAACAGUAGCCGGGAAGAUAAACAUGAGUGUCCCUUUGGCCGCAGCAGCAUAGAGCUGACCAAGAUGCUGUGUGAGAUCCUGAAAGUGGGCGAAUUGCCUAGUGAGACCAGCAACGACUUCCACCCAAUGUUCUUCACCAAUGACAGAUCAUUUGAAGAGUUUUUCUGUAUCUGCAUCCAGCUUCUGAACAAGACAUGGAAGGAAAUGAGGGCAACUUCUGAAGACUUCAACAAGGUAAUGCAGGUGGUGAAGGAGCAGGUCAUGAGAGCUCUUACAACAAAGCCUAGCUCCCUGGACCAGUUCAAGAGCAAACUGCAAAACCUGAGCUACACUGAGAUUCUGAAAAUCCGUCAGUCUGAAAGGAUGAACCAGGAAGAUUUCCAGUCUCGCCCGAUUUUGGAACUAAAGGAGAAGAUUCAGCCAGAAAUCUUGGAGCUAAUUAAACAACAACGUCUAAAUCGUCUUGUGGAAGGGACCUGUUUUAGAAAGCUCAACAGCCGGCGAAGGCAAGACAAGUUUUGGUAUUGUCGGCUUUCACCGAACCACAAGGUCCUGCAUUAUGGAGACUUGGAAGAAAGCCCCCAGGGAGAAGUGCCGCAGGAUUCCCUGCAGGACAAAUUACCGGUGGCAGAUAUCAAAGCUGUGGUGACGGGAAAGGACUGCCCUCAUAUGAAGGAGAAAGGUGCUCUUAAGCAAAACAAGGAGGUGCUUGACCUUGCUUUCUCCAUCUUGUAUGACUCGAACUGCCAGCUGAAUUUCAUCGCUCCUGACAAGCAUGAGUACUGUAUCUGGACAGAUGGACUGAAUGCACUGUUGGGGAAAGACAUGCUAAGUGACCUGACCCGGAAUGACUUAGAUACCCUGCUCAGCAUGGAAAUCAAGCUCCGCCUUCUAGACCUAGAAAACAUUCAGAUUCCAGAUGCACCUCCACCAAUCCCAAAGGAGCCAAGCAACUAUGACUUUGUCUACGACUGUAACUGAAGGGGCAGGAAGUACACCCUUCCAUACUGGAAAAUCUAGCAAACGAGAGAUGAAUGAGAACAGACCCACACUUGGGAAUCUUCUGGGAUAGAGGAAUGUGUGGGUCAUCAUUUGCUUUGGCCUGGCUUCUCGCCCUGGUAUUUUCAUGCCCCAACCUGGCAUUGUGCUCACUGAUCUGGCUCUGUUUCUAGACUCCAUUGCUUUAGAUCACUUCCUAUUCCUGCAGUCUAUUAGUGGGUCAAGAACAAACCCCACUACCAAUAACAGAGCCAAAGGGCCCUUUCAUCACAUAUUUCCUUCCUGGAGUAGAAAAUCCAGCACACCAAACUGUCCCCAAAACUUGCCUGCCAGACCCAGAGGAGUAUACCCAGAUCUGAGUUUAGACAAAAUGGCCUAGCUGCUUGAAAAGACCAAACACCACCUUCCUCACUGCCCUUCUCUCUAAAGUCAGCUAACACCACCAAUUACUUGUGAAUUAAAAACUGCUUUCCAAGCUCCUCUUCCUCUCUCCCUGCCUUUGCUUUGUCCCAGAUUUCUCUGAUCCAAGAAUAGUUGCAGCUUCACUUUGUUGCUCACAAAACACUGGGUCUCCCUGACCUAGUACACAGGUCCGACACCCACCUAACACCUGCUCUAGCACCAUGACUGAUCUUUCCUCACAAACAAGUCUUGAAUCUCCUAACCCUAGCUCAGCCCAGAUCCUCAUUCUUCAUUCCAUACUUUUCCCAGCCCCUUAGCAGAAAGCACAAAUGGUAGAAUCAGUCAUCACACUCCAUCUUUGAUCUACUAAGCCUAAAUGCCUCUGUGGUAGGCCAUUGUUGGCUGAGGAUUUGGUGUUACCUUCUCUUGGAGGAUUUUUGCUGUCACACGUGCUCCACAGAAGGGUUAAGUCAUCAGACUUCCAAGUUUACAUCAUUGCUGUUCCUACAGGUAUUGACAAUUUGCAGGGGUUUGGGGUUUUUUUUUUUUUUUUUUGGCUUUGUUUUUGUACAAAAGAGUCUAACAUUUUUUUGCCAAACAGAUAUAUAUUUAAUGAAAAGAAGAGAUACAAAUACGUGUGUGAUUUUCAGGUUUUUUUAAUUAUUUUAAUCCUAAACAUUGUCCUGAGAAUAACAUUCCCUUGAACAUGCUAUGGAAUAAAAUUAAUUGUGAUGA